AAAAAAAAAUAAAAUUAUAUUCCCUUUUUAUUAUAAAGAAAAACUAUAAUGUUAAGAUCCAAGUUUUUGUUGGCAAGAUGUUUGACAUUUUCAGUGGUAACACCCAAUAUGAAACGUUUACCGGCGGCCAUGAAUUUACCAAGGCAUGCAGUAAAGAGAUUGUAUGCAACAACGACAACAAAGUCUAAUGUGGGGCCGCCCAUGGGGGCGGCUAGACGUGUGGUUUCCCUGCCAACCAAAGUGACUGAAAUGAAACUACGAUGCACCGAAUUUGAUCAGAAUGGUGCUGUCAAAACAACCGCAGGUGACUUUUUCAAAAGUGACUUUUGUCAACAUCAUUCGUUAUUACCUCGUGAUUUAAGAACGAUUGAUACCUACUCCGUAUACCAGAAACCCACGAUACUUGUUCGACCGGAAGCUAUCCUGGUGAGCAUUGCGCAUUUAAAGGCGUUGUUGAAGAGUGAUAUGGUUGUGCUUUUUGAUACCUAUGGAUCGACCGAUAGUUAUAAUCAAAGCAUAUUUAUUUAUGAUUUGCAAGAACGAUUACGGUCGCAAAAAGAUGGAUUGCCAUUUGAAUUUAGAGCGCUGGAAGCCAUUUUAAUAUCAGUCACAUCGUCACUACAGUCAGAAUUAGAUAUAUUAGAAGGGCCCGUGAAUAAACUCUUGGGAGAUUUAGAGGAUUUAGCAGAUAUAGAAGAGUCAAUGAAUGGUGACAAAUUGCGAGAUUUAUUACAAUUUUCCAAGAAGCUUGCAAAAUUCGAACAAGAUGCGUUAUCGAUUCGAGAUGCAUUAGAAGAAGUGCUAGACAACGAUGAGGAUUUGGCGGCCAUGUAUCUUUCUGAUAAAAGAGCGGGCAAGUACCGUGCGCCUCAGGACCAUGAAGAAGUGGAAUUAUUAUUGGAAGCGUAUUAUAAGCAGACAGAAGAAAUUGCGGCUAAAGCGUCGACAUUGAGACAACACAUGCGUUCAACGGAAGAGAUUGUGCAACUGAUUUUAGAUGUGUCACGAAAUUCGUUAAUGUGGUAUGAUAUUCGACUGACGAUUAUUACCUUAUCAGCUACUGUUGUUAGUGGAUAUGGAGCUUUAUUGGGCAUGAAUUUAAAGAAUUACUUUGAAGAUGACCCAUAUGCCUUUGGUGUGAUUUCGGGGCUUGCACUCAUGUCAGGUCUAGGUGCGUUUGCCAUUGCCUUGAGAAAAUUAAGAGGACUCGCAAAGAUCAAACCUUAAAAAUAAAUCAUAAUAAAUAAACCGUGUGAAAUUACAAAAAGAAGAAGGGGAUUUUUUAUUUUAUGUAUUAUAUGUAUAUUGU